ACAAUCAUGCAGUCAGUGCUCAAUUGUCUAGACAGCGAGUCUGCAUCAACAAUAUUGUGUCAUAUAUAGUCUGAUUCAGAAAUAGAUCUGUUAAGAACUACAUAAUUCCAGUGCAUCGCUAUCACUAUAUUGGCCUAUGCUUUUCAAAGCAGAAGCAUUCUUUACUGAGGGACAUCUCUGAUGUGCAACUGUGCUUGCACUCUUCUUCCAGGUAGCAUUACAGUGGAACCAUGACCCAGUGGGAACAGUCAUUUGCAUUUCUAAACAAGGGAUUAAAUUUUACAUAAGCAAGAUUAAUAUAUAAUUUGUUUGAUGCUUCACUUUAUAUUUUCAAGGCUUCUAUAAUAAGCAUAUCCUAUAGAAACCUAAUUAUAUAUGCAAAAGUAGAGAAUGCAUCAAAUAUACAUUUGACAGGAGAAACUGGACAUUAAACAAAUGCCACUAGGUAUUAGAAAACUGCUACUGCUAUUUGUCAGCAAUUAGUCCGCUUUGCUCCCAGCUACCUGUUCUACUCAUACCUAUUUUACUCGUUUAUAAACCACUUCCUGUUUCAAAAGAUUGGUAGCCCUUAUGCCUCCUCCAGGGUUUUUUUUUUUUGAGAGUCUUUCUUACUUUUUUGCUACAAGCUCAACCUUUUAACUCUCCUUUAUGCCAAGCAGAAGAGGUUUUCCUAUGACCCUUGCCCGGUACCUAGGAAGCAUUUUGUAGGCUGUGAUCACACGGUACUAACAUGUAACUACAAGUCCCAGAAUAUCUACCUGAAGGGCAGAAGUAAGCCAUGGGCCUAACUUCAAGGCAGCCGCUCACCCUGGAACACGCGUAUGAAAAGUUGUUUUGGAAAAACUGCUUUUAAGGUUAUACUUCAGAGGAAGCUUCGUGUCUGAGAAGCCCCUUAUUUUCUGAGUUACUAGCUAGCUUCUUUUUUUGAUAUACUUGUCAACUGGAACACUAUAUGUUUAUAAGUAGACUUAUCUGAAAGUGCAUUACACACUGAAAUGUCAUUUUUAAAUGAGGUUUUUUUGAAUCAAGGAUGCUAUUGGAUUUUUUUGGCCAUUUGCCGAUGUGUUCAUCUAGCACAGAUGCUGUAUGCAUUGAGAAGGGGUUGUAAUUGUGUCUAGAUUUGUGAUGCCCAGUAUCUCCCUGCUAUCUCCACAUAAAUGCACACUUUAUCUGCCUUUUCCACUGUCUUUUUCUCAGCCUCUCUCUCUCUUUUAAAACAGCAGCAUUACUGCAUAGUACAUAAACGCUGGUGCAAGAAAAGGUUUUUAUUAGGGAGAUUUAAAAAGGAGUUUGUGGCUGCAUAUGGAAGAUGUGAAGAAAAAGAUUCAGCAAAUGUAAUACUGGGAAAUUACAUUGAUAAAGUAAUAAUACCACCAAUGGAAAGUAUUGCUUCAGGCAGUCUGAGAUACUGAAAAGAAAUUGCUGCAGUUAUUAACUCUUUCUUCCACAAAACUUUCCCAUGAAGUUUUUCAUUACAGUUUAGCUUAGGUAUUUAUUUGAUGCAUGGAAAUUGAUAGCUCAUCAGAAGCUGUAAGGUGUCUCAAGAUAGCUAUGCAUUAGGGCUGUACUGCUGUCCUCAGUAAGGAACAAAAAGCCCGAGUGCUAUGUCCACUGUUGCAGAAAACACUUGUGAUAGACCAGCAGUUUGCAUCCAGGUCUCCUAAGUGAAUAAUUCAGUAGCUUCACAUAGCGAGGCCUUGUAACAAAACCCGCCCAGACCCUAAUGCGGUAAUUGCUACGCUUUUAUGAAAGCCAAAUCCAUCCCUAAACAGCUGCAAUGGCUUCAGUUUUCUGUGAAAUGGUGGUUUGGUUGAAAUCCAAUCAGUUUUGACUUUGAGAAAGCUAUGAGAGGACAUUCACUUACAAUUCUACUGUAUGGGUCUCAUUUCUAUGUAACUUUGCAGGUUUUAACUUGACAAAACUCUGACAAGGAAUAGUUAAAAGUAGCCCUGUGUCUUCAAUAUUGGUAUUUAAAGCAGUCACAUAUCUUGUUUGUAACUUUAAUUGUAGUACAACUUCUACCUUGGGGUAAUUCGGGUAAGAUUACUGUCCCAAUGUCUAUAGCCCAUAACCGUGUGGUGUUUUUUUUUUUAUGUCUUAGGGAACACUUUUGAGUUUCAUCAUGGGAGCUGUAGUAGCUGAUGAUGGUCCAUCUGGUGUUAAAGCCCCUGAUGGAGGCUGGGGCUGGGCUGUCCUUUUGGGCUGUUUUAUCAUCACAGGAUUCUCCUAUGCCUUUCCUAAGGCAGUUAGUGUAUUCUUCAAAGAACUUAUCCGGGAAUUUGGCGUUGGAUAUAGUGACACUGCAUGGAUUUCCUCCAUUCUGCUGGCCAUGCUUUAUGGGACAGGUCCACUCUGCAGUGUAUGUGUCAAUCGCUUUGGCUGUCGCCCUGUCAUGCUGGUGGGUGGCCUUUUUGCAUCAAUGGGGAUGGUCAUCGCCUCCUUCUGCACGAGCAUUGUUCAGAUCUAUCUAACUGCAGGUGUGAUUACUGGUUUGGGUCUGGCGCUCAACUUUCAGCCUUCGCUCAUCAUGUUAAACCGUUACUUUGACAAACGCCGCCCUUUAGCCAAUGGCCUAUCUGCUGCUGGGAGCCCAGUGUUUCUUUGUGCCCUCUCACCAUUGGGGCAGAUACUACAACAUGAGUAUGGUUGGAGAGGAGGAUUCCUUAUACUGGGUGGGAUGCUGCUCAACUGCUGCGUAUGUGGAGCGCUAAUGAGACCUUUGGAGCCACCCAAAAAGUCUGAAGCCACCAAAGAACCUGAUGAGAAGAAAGUGAAGAAAAAGCUUCUGGAUUUCAGUGUGUUUAAAGAUGGUGGUUUUGUAAUCUACACACUAGCGGCCUCUAUCAUGGUGCUUGGCCUCUUUGUGCCGCCAGUUUUCGUCGUGAGCUAUGCCAAGGAUUUAGGGUAUCCAGACACGAAAGCAGCUUUUCUUCUGACUAUUCUGGGAUUCAUUGAUAUGUUUGCUCGGCCUAUUUGUGGAAUGGUAGCUGGUCUCAAGUGGGUUAGACCACGCUGUGUCUACCUCUUCAGUUUUGCUAUGAUUUUUAAUGGCUUUACAGAUCUUAUGGGUUCCAUGUCUGUUGAUUACGGCGGCCUGGUAGUCUUUUGCAUUUUCUUUGGCAUUUCUUAUGGAAUGGUAGGUGCUCUUCAGUUUGAAGUUCUCAUGGCUAUUGUUGGUACUCAGAAGUUUUCCAGUGCUAUUGGCUUAGUUCUCCUGGCAGAAGCUAUGGCUGUUCUAAUUGGUCCACCAUCAGCAGGAAAACUCUGGGAUAAAACAGGGAGGUACAUGUUUGUUUUUAUUAUUGCUGGAAUUGAAGUUACCACCUCAGCAUUCGUAUUGGCUUUAGGAAAUUUCUUUUGCAUUAAGAAAAAAUCAGAAGAACCGCAUACAAAGGAAGAAGCAGCAGAAAGAGAGGAAUUAAACAAAGCUGAAGACAAAACUCCCGAAGAUGCCAAGGUGGACUCCAUUGAAGUGGAACAGUUUCUGAAAGAUGAGCCCGAAAAAAAUGGGGAAGUUGUAACUAACCCUGAAACAUGUGUGUGAGCAUGACAAGAGACUGACACAUUUAGAAAGCAUUUAGAAAAGUGUAAAAGAUUUUCAACACUAUUUAUUUUAGAAAUAGAAUUAGUUUAGGGUUGGGCCAUUUGCUUCAUUAACUGGAGGCCAGACAGCUCAUCAGGUUUCUCUGGAAGCUGUUUUGUUAGACAACCUUUCAACAGAAAAUUAGCUUUAUCAGUAAAAGGUGAAGCAUUGUGGCUAUACUUUUAAUGUAAGCUAUACAGAUUUUGUAAACACAAGUAGAGUCCUGCUAUGCAUCACCACAAAAAUUCUCACUUGGAAGAGAUAUAUAGGAAGAAUCUAUUUUAGAGUAAAGUGGAAUUAUAUGUAUGCUUUCAGACAAUAUGAGUGAAAUUGUUGUAUUGUGCAGCUAAAUGUAAUUUCCCUUUCGGUGUUUUUUGUGAAGGGGAAAUAGUUUGAGAUGGAGAAAAAACUCAGGAACUUAUAUAAGGUCUCCAUUAGGUAUUUGAAUUUCUUACUUUUUUAGAUUUUUAGAUUAAUUGGCUCAGCCCUAAUUUAAUUUUGAUAAUAUCUGUUCCUUUGAUUUAUGCAAAUGUAUUUCUAUGAGUUUUGUCUAAACCUGUGAUCUUUGUCAUUAUCAUCUGGAAACACUGUACAUGGAAAAGAACAUACUGUCCUCAGCAGAUCACACAAGUGGUAUUCCUAGGUAAUACCAAAAGAAAAUAAAAUGAGCAGAAUUGAUUCUGACAGACCAUAAGCAAGCAAGGUUAGUUUAUAUUCACAUCCAGAGUUUUCAGUAGUCUCCCUGUAACAUAGACAAAUAUUUAAAAAAUAACAUUGAAAAGACAGAUACUAGCUUUAGUAGAAUCUUCUCAAAGAACCUCCAUUUUGUCCAUAAAAAUCAGGAUACGUUUCCAGAUCACAUAUAAUGAGACAUGGAGAUGUUGGUUAACUUAGAAAAAAGGACUGGGCUAUUUUGAAACAUGUUAAAUGUUAAAAAUGCAAUGUUAGCAACAUAUUAAGGUCUUAAAACGUUGUACUUACUUAUUCUUUUAAUUUGCCCCACUUCCCUAUACUUUUGCUUGGUCUAAAGAAGUUCAAGAUGCUAUUCUUGUUGGUUGAGAAAAGAGGCUGGAACUGUUGACCACAUUUAUGACAGCAGUGUGUAAGGACCGAUCAAGAAUUGGGCUGCUUUGCUACUCAUUGCACAAACAGAACAGGGAGCCUCUAGACAGUCUUUAAAUCUUCUCCAACAUUGGAUGGGCAAAGGAAAUAAAACAAGCAGAACAGAACGUAGUGACAGCACAUUUGAAGAAACGCAGAAAGGGAAAAUAUUCAUUGUGAGACAUUAUCUCAAUAGAAAAAGAAAGUAAAAUCCUAUAUCCUAUAUAUUUUACCAUUCAUCCACUCAAACGCAUUGAAGGAAUGUAUAUAAUCGUUUACAUAAAAUCAUGCUACAGCAACCCAUCUUUCAACUAUGUUUAUAAAAAGCUCUCUAGGCUUUGUGACUGCAGUAACACUCUUCAAAACAGACUCAGUCGUAACUGGUUAAUUUUUUUCUUGCUGAUAACAAAGGAGUACUGGCUUUGAGGUGCCAAAAUUGUUCCAUUUCUCUUAAUAAUUGAAAACUAUGAAACUCAGUGGUAUCCAUUCAAAAUAACAACAUCAUUAGUUUUUGAAUAAUUGAUCAUUUUAGCUGAAACAUACCGUAAAUCCAAGACAAGUGCCAAAACAUGAAUCAUUCCCUAACGCGUUCCCUAACCAGCUUCCAUUCUGGUAAUUUUUACACAAUGGUUUGCAUUGUUAGAACAAAACUUCCACGGACGUCGAAACCUUAGGAUCGUGAGGGUUUUUCUGACUGAUUUUAACACAAAAUGGAUGCUGUAU